GUCCUUCUGGAUCUUGGUCAGUCACCAAAUACGCGAGACAAGUUGGAUUUAACACCAUUAUAUUAUGCGGUACUGAAUAACACGAUAUCCUUGUGCAUUGAGCGAUUGCUGUUUGAUCACUCCCCUCUUGGCAUUUCUGAUGAAGCGGGACUCCAGGAAAUACAUCAGGCCUGUCGAUUUGGUCGAGUGCAGCAUUUAGAAAUCCUGCUUGCUUAUGGUGCUGAUAUUAAUGUUCAAACAUCGAAAAACGGAAAUACCCCACUUCAUAUAUGCGCUUACACUGGACAAGAAUCAUGCGCUCGUAUGCUAUUGUUUCGGGGUGCUGAUAAAGCCAUUAGGAAUUUUAAUGGUCAUACACCAUACGAACAAGCUAUGAUUUCCAGCAAUACAGAUAUAGCUAAUCUUAUUAAGAAUUUCCAUGAUCAAGAUGUUGUUCCAAUUCGGGAAUAUCCAAAGCGUAAUCAACGUCGACGAUCAUUUUCACGAGCAAGAUCACACCAAAGAUGUUCUAGCAUGGGACGACUAAAUGACAUUUCAAGGAACAAAAAUAUCCAAAAUGCUCUAGCGGAGUUCGAUACUCUAACAACAUUUGAACAGGACCACUGUAACACACUGAAGGGAAAUUGUACCAACAAAAAUAAUACUUGGAUGACUUCCAGUAUAAGUGGCUUCCAGCUGAAUUCCAUGAUGUUAGACUCAAUGGAAUUCAAUGAAAAUAAAGACAAUUUGCAAGCCAUACAAGCGCAAAGUAAUCAGUUAGCACAAACUAGAUCUGCAUAUAAUAUUAACAGAUUAGCGAAUGGUGUAAAUCACAGAUACCAUAAUCCAGAUGACAUUGUACAUACAAAUCAUUCAGCUACCAUGCGACCAUCUCAUGGCCGUCGUGCAGGACGUUCAUCUACACCGGCAGCAUGUCACUCAACAAGUGAAUCUUUUAAAAUGAAUCCUUUGACCGAUCGACACAGUACAUAUCGACCGAGUUUGGAUCCAGCAUGGAUGUCGCAAGCGAACGAAAAUAAUUCCGAUACAGCAUCUAUUUUCAGUGUCAGCUCAUCUAUGAGAACUCCAUCUACUAACAGCGUCAAAACUACAUCAGCAAUUUUGCAAUUGUUAUUGGCGAAUCGUGACAGUAUUGCUGAUUUGGAUACAACAAAUUUACCUAGAAUGAUAGCCCUUCAGAGAGGUACAAACGGUUUUGGAUUUGUUGUACGAGGCAAAAGAGGUAUUUCUGAAAAUUUCACUCCAAGUCUUGAGUGUCCUGCAUCACAAUACCUGGAGAAAAUUGAACCAAAUAGUGCUGCAAGCAGAGCUGGAUUAAAAGCGGGUGAUUUCAUAUUGGAGGUCAAUGGAAUCAACGUUACUACCAUGUCACAUGAAGCUGUUGUUGCACUUAUCCGAGGUUCUAGUGACAUUUUAGGCUUGAAAGUGAUAACUGUGAAUAUCGAAGAAGUUGCUUCAACACCCAAACUACAGCAUCAACCAAAUAAUGUAGGUAACAGAUUUUGUGAAUCUUCGGACAACCUUUAUAAUUUGAGAACAAGAAAAUACAAUUGUGAGCUUAAUUAUCCAAAUGACUGUUGUCAAGCGUCAGAAAUCAAUUGGUCCAUCAAUGUUGAUAAUAACUGUAAGACGAUAUGUAGAGAUUCAUUCCUUAAUGCACAGAAUGGGAUUUCAAGUCAGUUAAACAAAUCAGCUAAUGAAUCUUUUAUGAAUGGUUUUGUUUCAACGGAUAAGCUGAAUUAUAUUCGCCAGAAUUCGGAUUUAUCAGACAGGAAUAAGUAUUGUCAUCCAUCAUCUUCGAACACUUCAUUAGUGACACACAACACCGUUGUUCCUCCACCAGUUUCAAGUAAACCAAUGCUGGCUGCUAGAAAUGGACUGCAAAAUGGAACAAACCUCGGAGAAAGACAAAAACAAAAUUCACAAACUAACCUGAAUAACAAAUUUAGGCUUUGUGAAAAAGAGGGUGUCUCAUCAAAUAUGGUUCAGAAAACGGUGGCAGUCAGUCAUCCGCUUCCUUUAAUACUUCCAGCGUUUUCUUCUAGCAUUUCGAACUCGAUUCCACCACCUCCACCACCACCACCACUUUUCACUACUGCCACCAAAAAUACAUCUGCUUCAAAGCCUGAAGUUCCUGCAGGAAUCUUAAAAAAGAGUUCGCCAGCCAUGAACGAACUUGCAGAGGAUUCUACAACUUCUAAAAAGCCAACGGAAUUUCAGAAUCAGGAUGGUUGGUCAGAACAACUAACACUUCCGCCUCCUCCACCUCCAGACGAAUUUGAACUGAGUACAUCCGAGACGGAAGUCCAGGAGCCUAGUGUCAAAUAUAAUUGUACUAAUUUUCAGGAAAAAUGUAAAACACAGUCUACAUCGAGGAAUAGCAAAAUAUCAUCUUUUGAGGAGAAUCUGAGGAAAGCGGUGGCGCAGCGUCGUCGCAUGAUUGAAAUGGCUUCAGAAGACGAUGAACAAGAUUUUGAAUCAUUGCACGGUAAGAGCUUUCAAAGUAUGCUGUAUACUGAGAGUAGCGUUAAAUCUUCGAAACAGCAGAGUGAUAUUCUUCCACCAAACCAAAAUUCCUUCAAGAUGGCUGCAGAAAAGUUUCAUCUGAAGGCAAUAGCGCGUAAUAUACCAUCGAAUGGUACUAUACCACCACCCGAAAAAUUUAAAGACUGUGAUAACGCUUUUAGUAAGGUUGACAAUAACACAGGUGUGAACACAUCCAUCUCACUUGAAACUACGAAAAAACCAGUGAUACCUCAAUGGCAAUCAUGUCUAAUCAAAAACAAUGCUCAGUGUUUGACAAAUAAUGAGAAAAGUAAGUUGUCAAGUAAUAAUAGUAAAACACCUGAGUUAUACGCAUCAAUAAAACCUUUUCAAAAUAAUGGGAUCAGUGGCAGUAAUGAUAACAUUUGUUCAAAUAAACUGCCCAAAGAUGUUACAACAUUUAAACAAAACACAGCUGCACAGUCGAUAAAGUGUUUUGGAAGACCUCUUACUCAAGGUUCUUCCACAGCCACACCUCCGCCGCCGCCGCCGCCGCCGCCACCACCCUUACUUUUUGAGGAUACUCCUAAAGCAAUGUGGUCUGCUAGGAAAAAUGAUUCGGUGAAAUCUCUAGUAAGAUGACAGUUCUACCAGCAGUGGACAACUUCAAUAAAUAAAAAUUAUUAGUCAAAUUUGAUUACUUUAAGACUUUGUCUAAAUCAGCUGACAAAAGCCCAGAUUCCUUCUCUGAAUAGCAAACUAAAGCCUCACAGAAAUUUAUUCGGCAACUUCCUAUGAAUUAAAAGAUGUAAUAAACCGUCAUUUCCUUUGAAUCUACAGAAAUAAAAAAAUACAGAAAUUCCUAAUGAAAUGAAAUUUCAGCUCAUUAAAAGGAAUAGAAACAAUAUAGAACAGAAAAUAAUGUUUUUUUCAACUGUGAAUACGGAACCCUCAAAUGUUUAAAGUAAUUAGUUGAAUCAGCAAUUCUGACAAUUUUUUAAAAAUUCAUACAUGAGUGAAUGUCUCGGUAUUCAUUGACUUGAACAUGUGAAACUGAUCAAGAUUUUUUAAAACACUUUGUCAUUUUGUUAUUCAUCUUUCGUUCUGAAUUCAGAAGAAGAAGAACAUAUGAACAGUCGCUUAGGACAAUAAUCAUGAGAAUUAAUUUAUAUGCUGUUUUCCUACAUUGUCCCGAGUUGAUAACCUGUUGGACUAUCCAUUUCUUUAUCAUUCUCCUCAUUUUUAUGAAUACUUACUUUAUGUGUUUUGUUGAGAUAAUGUAUGUGUUUUGAAAGAAAAUGUUUCACUGAGUUUCUCAUUCAUUAUAUGUUUAAUAGGAAAGUAUAUUUUUCAACUGAUCUAAUCAAUAUAAUUUAUGUGCUAGGAAACUGUAUUUUAAAAAACCAUCAGUAAUAAAUUAUUUUGUCAUUCUCCUGCU